CUGUUCUAGCUGAGGUGUAGAAUGAAAGGAAUCAGCGCUCGUUCAUGAUGCAGCUCGUGUCACCUUGUUUCUUCGGAGCUGCCAGGUUAAGCUCAAGAGCGACAGGACGGACCACACCACCACGUACAAGCAUCCACAAGCCUUAGGAGCAAAAGAAAGGACAUACUUUAACCAGUAACUCUUUUUUCUUUCACUCUCUUUUUCCUGCUCUCUCUUCUUUUUCUUUCUGUCCUUUUUCUUGGCAGCUCUUUUCCGUUUACUGUACCUAUCUCAUAUCGCUUGCAGCAGCAAGGAAGAAGGAAAUAAGAUGACGCCACAGCAAGACGACGGCAAAACGAUUGUUGCGGACGAACGAACGCCACUUGUAUCCAACGCCAGCACGAUUCGAGGAAGCUCCAUUUCGCCGUCUCUUUCGACAUGUACCAACAUUACGGGUAAAGGCAGCCAUGUAGCACGGUCGACGAAAAGAAAGCUUUGGGCUGCUGUCACACUGGCUGUUAUGUUCUUUGCUACCGAGUUGGUAGCGGGUUAUUUCGCAAACUCGCUAGCAUUGAUGUCCGAUGCUUUCCACUUACUCUCUGACGUUGCAAGCUUCAUUGUGGCAUUGGGCGCUAUCUAUUUGGCCGAACGACCUCCCACACAUCGUCAUACAUAUGGUUUUCACCGCGCCGAAGUGAUUGCCGCCGUGGUAUCUGUCAUGACCAUCUGGAUUCUGACAGCAUUUCUUGUCCAUGAAGCGAUCCAGCGGAUCAGGCAUCCACGAGAAAUCAAUGCUCGUCUGAUGUGUAUUACUGCGCUUAUUGGAGUGGUCGUAAAUCUAGUCCUUGCAUUCAUCUUGGGUGGCCAUCACCACCAUCAUCAUCAUCACGACCACCAUGACCACCACGAUGUUGAAGAGGACCACGGUCAUCAUAAGCAUCAACACAAGGAUACAAACAUCAAUUUGCGUGCGGCAACGCUUCAUGUUCUAGGUGAUCUCUUGGCUGCCGUGGGCGUGUUGAUCUCAUCCAUCGUUCUUCUGUUCAAGCCAGAGUAUACCAUUGUGGAUCCCAUCUGCACGUUUGUCUUUGCCAUCCUCGUCUUGUUCACGACCUAUCACUUGAUCCAGGAUUCAGUUGGUGUGUUGAUGGAAGGCACACCAAGCCAUAUCCACCCUGAAACCAUUUCCAAGUCGUUAAUGUCAACUCCAGGCGUCAUUGCUGUACACGACCUCCACGUAUGGACAUUGUCACCGGGCAAGAUCGCGUUGACGGCACACAUUGUGAUUUCGCAAAAAAUGGAGUUCGAUUAUGACGACAUACUUGCCAAAAGCCAGCGCAUCAUUUGCGACGAGUUUAGCGUGCACCAUUCGACGCUACAGAUUGAAUCAGAACAAGCUCGUUUUACGAGCCAUUGUCGACCUGAACUUUGCGCUUCCCGAGGAUAAAACAGCAUUGAAGAAAAGAAGAGAAUAUGGUGGCUUUUGGAUGUACGGCAUAUUAAGCGUUUGUGCCGACAGCAGAGCUUGACAACAACAAAAAAAAAAGAACAUGAUGAUGAUGUAUACUUUUGCCUUUUUCUUAGAUGUUAUUAUUAUACACUAUGUAGGGUAGUGCCUUUCUAAUGUUUUCCCAUCCUCUUCCAAUAGUCCCCCACCACCAGCAAACCA